AUGUUGUCUUCCAACUGUUUGGCGCUGUUCGGACUCCUCCUUGGAGCGAAGACGGCAUAUGGCAAAGCUAUUCCCAUCCGUGCAGUGGACUCGACUACUCCGGUCCUUGCCAGCAGUACUGGUGAUGAUACCUCGACGAUAACUUCAGCACCGUACUAUUAUUAUCCUGCUCCUACCGCCAUUGCCCCUAAUAAUUGCUCGUACUACAACGCAACUGAACAACGCACCUUGUGGAAUCAGCCAUGGUGUAGCGUGUAUGCCGGGAACGUCGACACGUCGCCAUCAGUAUACAUAAUUGUCAGCACCCUGUACGGCAAGAAUGCAUGCGGCACCCUCGGGCCAACAGCCAGCAGGGCCAUCUUCGGGUUUGACCUAGAUGAAGUGUCCACGAUUGUUCCGUACUUCGAUACAACAGCAACGUAUCGAAGGUCGACAAGACAGCUGUACCUGAGCGAUUUGGUUACCGAUUGCGAAGCCUCGUACGACAUUUCUACCCUUACGACGAUGAGACAUCCCAUCAAGGAGGAUGAUACUCGAUGUAACCCGUCGAUCGUCAUGCCCAUGGCCAUCAAGAGCUAUGGCAACCCGUACUGGAUGCACUGCGGUGUGAAUAACUUCAAGUAUGGACUCUUCGACCCGCCGUAUGCGAUCCCCACCGUCGACGGACUGCUUGUCACGACUGCCGCCGCUUCUACAACCGAGGAGCCCGCCGCCGCGGCUACAUCUGCCGACCCUGCGGCCGUUGUAUCUACGGAUCCCGCGGUAGUUGCAUCUACUGAUCCCGCCAUAGCUGCAUCCACUCAUGCUACGGCCGUGCAGGACGUCGUGUCGACGAAGGCUCUUGCAGCGGCGGCCACAGCUACAGAAGUCAGCGAUCCAUCUGGUGGUUCAGAUGGCAACUCUUCCGGUUCUGACGAUAGCUCUCCUGGCUCGGACGAUAAUUCCUCCGGUUCAGGUGAUAACUCCUCUGAUUCGGACAGCAACUUCUCUGGUUCGGACGGCAACUCCUCUGGAAACUCAGACAACAGUUCCUCCGAUGACAACUCAUCCGGGAACUCAGAUAAUAACUCUGGAGAUUCCAACACUGGCUCUAGGAACUCCAUUGGUUCAGGAGCUCCGCAAACCUCGGCUGCGGAUCUCGCCAAUGCCCCAUCCGACCCGGCCGUGUCUACCGUGUCCGAGCAGGUCAUCAGCCUCGGGGCGGACGGUGUUGUCGUCGUCAAUGACGGAAGCAGCACGACCAUCACCACCAUGUCGGUCUCGAGCGAUUCGGCUGGCUCCGUUGUCGUAUACAGCGGAACAACUCUGACGCUGGGCGGCUCAGCUGCGACCAUGACCAACGUUAUCGUCGCCUUGCCUGGUGCUGAUAGCGCCGGUUCUACUGGAUCUAGCUAUGCGGACUCCGGCGCAAUUGUGUCUACUGUGGCCGAGCAGGUCGUCAGUCUGGGAACGGAUGGUGUCGUUGUCGUCGAAUACGGCAGCAGCACGACCAAGACCCACACCAUCCCAGCGAGCGGUGUCACCGUGUCCGGAUCGAUUGCUUCGGUAUCUUCAGUUGUUGUGUACCAUGGAACAACACUGACGUUGGGCGGCCCGGCUGUUACGGUGACCGACGCUGUCGUUACAUUGCCUGGCGCGAACGCCUCCGGUUCGGCAGACUCUGGAUACUCUACCCCCGAGUCUACUCCCGUCCAGGUCGGCACCUCGCCUGCAAGCAGAGUGACGAGCGGGGCUCUAUGUUUGAUUCUAAGCGUGCUUACUUCUGCAUGCAUUCUAUAUCAAUGAUUGUUAGAAGGGACAAUGCGUCAUCUUGACUGUGAUAAACAGCUACUUGGUGUUAGUUUAGGCUAGACUAUCACAAAUUAUGAUCCUCUUCUCCUCAUAACUUCCUUUGGACACAUUCCUCAGUCACCAGGCACUUAAGUGUUCCAUUCACAAAGGGAACUGUCAACUUGAGUGAUGCCAUCUAGCUGGCUGAUGGACCACUACGCACCAGAGUGUGUAUUGAUCAAUGACACCAUGCUCGAU